UUGGAGAUAUGUUCUUGUUGGAUGCAGAAGUAUUUAAUUUCAAGAUGACAUCGACUAGUGAUCUGAAAGAAACCAGUUGCAAGCAAAGUUCUUGGGACAACUUGCUACCAGAUUUUCCUGAGGGGCCGCUUUGUGAGUACCGUAAGAGGGCUUCCUUCAGUUGGAAGGAGAUGGCAGUGUUUAUAGAGGAAGAAGAUCUCAUCCAAUUCAAGAACAGAAUCUUCUGUGCUUUUGAAAAUGAUCCUCUCUUUGCUCGUUAUCCCGGAGAAGAUGUGACUCUCGAGAAGUAUCGUGAGCUGACAUUUCUACGCUGUAAAAGGCUCUUUGAAUAUGAGUUUCUUAAGCUGGAAGAUAUCAUGGAGAAGCCAUUAAAAAUUAUGGUUCUUAUAAACUGCCUAGGAAUGUACGAUUGGUCUCUGGGUACCAAAUAUUUGCUAAAUGCUCAGGUGUUUGGUGGUGCAAUUGAGAAUACUGGCUCUGAAAGGCAUAAGGAAUUUGUGAAACAAACCAGUAACAUGGAGAUUUUUGGAUGUUUUGCUCUGACUGAAGUCAGCCAUGGCAGCAAUACCAAGGGCAUCCGGACAACUGCCAGAUAUGAUCCCAGCACACAGAAAUUUAUCAUCAACACUCCUGAUUUUGAAGCUGCCAAGUUUUGGGUGGGCAACAUGGGGAAAAAUGCCACUCAUGCUGUCGUCUACGCCCAGCUGUACACUCCUGAUGGACAGUGCCAUGGAUUACAUUCCUUUGUUGUGCAGAUUCGAGAUACAAAAACAUUGCUUCCUAUGCCAGGAGUGAUGGUAGGGGACAUAGGAAAGAAACUUGGGCAGAAUGGUUUGGAUAAUGGAUUUGCUAUGUUUCACAAUGUCAGGAUACCUAAAGAAAAUAUCUUGAACAGAACAGGAGAUGUCACAGCAGAGGGGGUGUACGUUAGUUCAUUUAAGGAUCUCAAGCAACGGUUUGGUGCUUCUCUUGGGGCUUUGUCCAGUGGUAGAGUUAUGAUCAUAGGCAUGUCUGUGGUUAAUUUAAAGCUUGCCUUAUCAAUAGCCAUUCGCUUCUCAGCCACACGCCGUCAGUUUGGACCAACAGAUGAAGAAGAAAUACCAGUCCUGGAAUACCAAAUGCAGCAAUGGCGCCUACUUCCCUAUCUGGCAGCUACAUAUGCCUUAGACCAUUUCGCCAAGUCUUUGUUCAUGAACUUCAUAGAAUUUCACAUAGGUCUUCUGAUGAAGGAUAAAAGUCCAAGACAAGCGGAACUUGGACGUGAGAUUCAUGCCUUGUCUACUGGUGGUAAGCCACUAGCCUCCUGGACUGCCCAGGAAGCGGCCCAAGAGUGUCGAGAAGCUUGCGGAGGACACGGUUACCUGGCCAUGAAUCGUCUAGGUGACAUUCGAAAUGACAAUGACCCAAACUGCACAUAUGAAGGAGACAAUAAUGUUCUGCUUCAGCAAACCAGCAACUAUUUACUGGGCUGGGUGAAUGCUAAACACCAAGAUAAAGCUCCUAUUGCAUCCCCUCUUGGAUCAGUAAACUUUUUGGAAGACUACAAUCAUAUUCUUGGCCAGAAAUUCACAGCCUCUAGCAUUGAAGAUUGCAUGGACUCCUCAGUUCCACUAGCUGCCUAUAAAUGGCUGGUUUGUUACCUGCUCCGAGAAAGUGUCCGGAAGUUGAGCCAUGAGAAAGAGUCUGGGAGUAGUGAUUUUGAAGCAAGAAACAACAGUCAGGUAUACUAUUGUCGUUCAUUAGCCAUCGCUUUUAUUGAGCAGACAGUCUUACAAAGGUAUCAUGAACACACUCAUGAUCCAGACACACCAUCUACGCUCCAGCCUGUGCUAAAGCAUCUUAGUGCUCUGUAUGGACUAUGGUCUUUAAGUAAACAUAUGGCCGUGCUCUACCAAGGUGGAUAUGUUUCAGGUGAACAGCCUGGUAGAUUCGUAGAGAAUGCUAUUCUGGAGCUUUGUUCCAAGUUGAAAGAUGAUGCAGUUGCCUUGGUGGAUGUCAUUGCACCUCCUGACUUCAUUCUGAACUCACCCAUUGGCAGAUCUGAUGGAGAGCUGUAUAAAAAUCUGUGGACAAUAGUCCUUCAAGGCAGCAAGGUGCUUGAGAGACCAUCAUGGUGGGCAGAAUUUUGUGUUAAUAAACCUGUUAUCGGCAAGCUGAGAGCCAGGAUGUAAAUCAAACAUGUAACAGUGGCCAAGAUCGAGUAUAUUUCAGACGGUGAGAGGGAAGGAGCACAUGUUUCAAAUGUUGCAAUUGGAGGCGAUUUUAUACAGAGGAUGCCAGGAGAUCGAAUGAGUUUGAAAUCAGAUAUCACCUCAACUUAAGGACUGUUGACAUAGGGGCAAGAACACCACAUCUGCAUGUCGUUCAUGGUAAUCAUGUUAAUGUUAAUCAAUUUCAGAUUAAAAAAAAGUCUCAUUAAAGUUAAUUACUUCUCAUAGCUUCAGUACGUAUACAACUAUAUAUUACUUCCUUCAGUGGCCUGACAGCAAGUUGGGUCUAAAAAUCUUGCAAUUGCAGGCAUGUUUCAGAAGUUAAACAGGCAAAAAAACAAAACUAUGGAACUAUGAACAGACAGGCCAGUUUUACAUUUUCAAGUUUCUAGGAGAGUAUUAGCAAAAUAACUGGGAACUUAGAACAUGGCAGAAUUUUCAGAGGGGAUAACCUAGGAUAGCAUCAUUGAAAUCAGAUAGGAGUCUCUUCAAAGUUCAUAAAGCUUCUCUGCUUUAUACCAUCUGUUCUACAACAUUUAAAAUAGUUGGUUGUUCUUUCAAAGCAGGAGAAGUGAUAAGUUGACUUUCACUUCAAGGUUUUGAUUAAUCCUCUCAAGUUUUGCAUCACUGUAGAUAUAACAAAUCCAAAGUUUCUCAUUCACUUGUCAUUGUUAUGUUAAUUUAUGGUAAUACAAAUGGGAAAAGAUGGUGGAACUUCACUAGUAGUAAGAAUGGUUUUUUUCCCCCCCUUCCAAUAGAAUUGUUAGCUUUUAAACUCAACAGAUCAGCUGAUGUAAGUCAACCAUGUUGGAGCUGCACCUUCUUCCCUCAAGUCUAGAUUUAAUUCAGUAAUCUGGCUGUGGGUUGUUAAAAAUAAAAGUGUUUCUGCUACCAGAUACAAAAUGUAAUAUAUUAUAGACAUUGGUCAGGGACAAGAAAAUAGAAUGAUAGUGACUGCAGCUGAGGGAGCUUUUGUAUGUUUAAUAAAUAUUCCCCAAGUAAUGAGUAGUUUACUUUGCAAAUGCAGAGGCACUAGUAAGUUUUUAAGUGCUGAAUAUUUUAUACUUAUAAAAUCUGCAAAGACAUUGCCUGCUUUUCUAUACUGUGUGAUUUCCCUGUUCAUCUGAACUGACCUAGGACCAAAUCCUGCUCACCUUACUCCUGUGAGCUGUCCUGUUCAAGAUAGAGGGAUUAUUUAUUAGGAAGGUGCCUAGGAUUCAGGGCUUGAGCCCAUGCCAUCGAUUCUCAAUAGGAGCAGGAUCAAACCUCUGGCUCUUAGUGGAUUUUUUUCAAAUUGUCACCAUUCCAUUCCAGCCCUACCCAUUAUGAUUAUGAUGAAGUGUUUCUAUAUCAGUAAUUCAACAUUUGUAAGUCUUUAUAGUGUUAUGACUCAAAUAUUAAAUAACUAUUAUUGUGCUGUUUUUUGUGUGCAAAUAUUGCUAGAAUGCAAUUAACCAAAGUAAAAAAUAAAGUGGUAUUUUCACUUUU